AUGCCGGUUGAUUCCAGACGAAUACGCGGUCCAGAUGUCUCCCAAAGCCCAUCUUUGUUCGCCUGCAAGUCGCCGGUGGUCUUCUCCUCGCACGGCCCCCGAGCUGAUGGUCGACAGCGGGACCAGGUGGACGUCCGGGCCGUUUUUGUCCGGUGCGGGCUAGUGAGCCAGGCUAAGGGCUCUGCGUACAUGGAGGCCGGGGACACCAAGUUGAUGUGCUGCGUUUAUGGUCCCAGAGAAACCGAUCGUAAAGAUGAAACCGAUAUGAAGUGCGGAAGGUUGACAACAGACAUGCGUUUUGCUCCAUUCUCUUGCCCAGAGAGAGGCUCCUGGAUUCAAGGGAGUCAAGACAAGGACUUCUCCUUGAUGCUGCAUGAAAGUCUUCAGCCUGCCCUGUGCCUCCACAAAUACCCCCGCUCUCAAAUAGAGGUCAACGUGAUGGUUCUUGAAAACAGCGGAUCGGUCCUAGCGCAUGCUGUCACCUGCGCGUCACUCGCCCUUGCAGACGCCGGGAUUGAAAUGUACGACCUGGUGCUCGGCUGCGCCCUUCGCCAGGAUGGGGCUUCUUAUGUGGUUGACCCAACAUAUGCGGAGGAAAACGGCAGUGGCUCAGCCGACUGCGAUAAUCAGGGUAGACUGACUCUUGCGUUUCUCCCCAGCCUGAAUCAAAUUUCGGGGCUUCAGUCAGAUGGAGAAAUGACUGAAGAGACUCUGUCUGCUGGGAUGCGCACAUGUAUUGAGGGAUGCUAUAAGAUAUAUCCGGUCAUCCAACAAGCUCUGGCUAAGGCAGUGCGGAGGGCAGCCCCUCCACCAUCAGAGAGCUGA